CUUGGUGUCUAGGAAAAUCAGAGACACUCUAGGACUGGAGCGAGAGAGCCUUGCCUCUUCUGGCCACACAUCUGCCCUGCUACCUUCCAGCUGUUUGAGAACCUACAGCCUGACCUCCCUGUCUACACUCGCAGGCUGGGUGGAGCUCCAGCUUGGACUCGACCUCCAUGGAUCCAGUCCAGAAUUGGAGUCCAGGGUUUGCUGCUGAAGCCUCCCCGAUGGCCAUGGCAGAGACUUCCGCGGACAGCAGGGCCGCCUCUCAGCCUCCCUCCACAAAGCAGCUCAUGAGGGGCCUGGGGAACAUGAACCCCGGUGCCGGCGCUGAUCUGCCUGUGCCGCUGCCGGCGGGGCUGCGGCUGCAGCAGCAGUACAGGGAGGCGAAGACCCAGCAGAGGCGGUACGAAAGGCUGCCGCUCCCCCAGGGCAAGAAAGAGCUCCUGGGGCACAUGAGAUGGAGGCACCGCGACCACAGGGCACCUUAUCCGGCCUCACAGGAAGCAAACAUCUCUCCCCCGGGUGACAGAGCUCAGAAUCGGUUCCACUGUGAAUGUCGCUACUGCCAGAGCCAUGGGCCCAGUACGUCCGGAUUCUCUGGGGAGAGGGGUGGGGCCUCGUGGGAGACCCUAGUGCAGGGCUUCAGUGGCUUGAGCCUCAGCCUGGGGACCAGCCAGCCUGGCGUUCUGCCUGGGGGGCCCCUGCAGCAGCAGCAGGAGGAGGAGCGAGAGGAGACGUGCCAGGCAGAGAGGCAGCAGGAAAGCAAGAGAAUGUUCCAGAGGCUGCUGAGACAGUGGCUAGAUGAGAAAUGAGGCGAUCAUCCUCACGGGACGGGAACCUGAAAGGGUCCAGUCAUAGAAGCUGUCCUGCCAGGCCUGGGUAUGGGUCCUCCUUGGGGACCAAGCAAGGGGCCACGGUGGGAGGGGACCAAGACCGGUGUUGUGUGUGGAAACCCUGAGAGGAGAUCCAGUCCCGGGAAGGGCCUACUCUGCCCUGCCUGUCACGUGUGGAGCGUGUGGAGGCAUUCCGUAAAGGCACUGCAUGCCAGUGGUCCUGACCUCACCCGCUGCGGCCCCCAUGAAGCAUGUGUCCCUUUCCCACUCCGGAUUUCCGUCUUCCCUGCCCGCCUUGUCAGCCAGACAGAAGCUGUCCGUGUAGAGUGAACGCCUCAUUGAUGUCCUUAUGCCCUGUGCCAAGUUAUCCACUGCCCCGAGAAGCAGCACUAGGUGUGUUGACGUGCACCAUGCUGCACUGGGAUCCAGGAUCAGGAACCCGACGCUAAACAAGGAGUGGGGAAGGGGCGUGUAAUUGGAACUUGGUGGUUCCCUGUUGUAUUUCUGUGUGUGCACUUUUAGGAUGACGACGUGCUAAAUGUAUCCAAACCAUUUCCUGCUCCUUAACCAUCCAAUAGCAUUCUCCCUCACUGCAGUUCCUUUCUGGGCAUCUCGCCGUCAAUACCGAAUAAAUAGA